UGGAAUUUAAACUGGGAAAUGUUUUCCUCCGCGAUUUUUACGAAAUUUACAAAUUCACAAUUCAUUUGAUUCCGUGCUAAAAUUUUAAUUUUGUGUGUUCAUUUAUUACAAAUAAUUUCAUCGUUGUAUUACCCAAACCAUGGAUAUUUUCUUAUUAUGGUCGUACUGCAAUUUGGUAUAUUAUCGAUUCUCAUACAUUUGAAAAAUAUUUGAUGACAUUGUAAUUUAUUAAAUAUAUUCAUUAUUAUAAAUCUGAGGUAUUUAUAAAUAUAUAUUAUAAAUAAAUUAAAAAUGGAUUCAGAUAGUAGUGAUAUGGAUAUGGAUGAUGAAUGUGGCCAAACAAAAUUAUGUCCAGCUGUUUUAGGUUUACAGCCUGUAAAUAAAAGAAAUAGUCCUAAAGCAGCAGAUACAUUAAAUUCAGGAAAAGAUAAACUAAAUAGAAGAGGCAUGCCUGCUCGUAUAAGGAAAAAAAAUAAAUUAUUUUUUGAUGAAGAAGUAUUUAACACAUCUAAAAAUCCUUCUGUAAAACAAGAACGCAUGAUGUAUGUUAAUUCUCCAAAAAAAUAUACUCCCAAAAAAACAAUUGAUUCUAAAUUUGAAUUAAAAACCCCUAAAACACCUAAACAAGAAAAAAUUAUAAAUCAAAAAUUAUCAACUCCAAAAAGUACUGUUAAACCAAUAACUCCAACAAUUAAAUUAAAAACUCCUAAUAAGAGUACACCAAAAAAAUCUACUGAAAAUGGUGUUACAAAACAAAAACCAUUAAAAGUUGAAACUCCCAAAAAUAUAGUACCAAUAACAAAACCAAAAUCAGACUCUCUUGAACGUAAACGUUGUCAAAAUGUUGGAUUAAGAUUAAGAAAAAUAUUUCACUUGCCAAAAGCUAAAAACUGGAUAUAUUAUGAAUGGUUUUAUAGCAAUAUUGAUAAACCUCUUUUAUGCGAAUCUGAUUUUAUGAUGUGCGUACAAGAUUUUUUCCCUUCAUUUAAAAUUAAAACCAUGACUAGAAGUGAGUGGUGUAUGUUACGACGAAUGAUGGGUAAACCUCGAAGAUGUUCUCAAAAUUUUUUUGAUGAAGAAAUUCGAGAAUUAGAUCGGAGAAGAAAAAAAAUAAGAUUGUUACAGCAAAGAAAAGCUAGAGAUGAAGUAUAUUUUAAAGAUAUACCUGAUGAAAUACCCUUACAGCUUACUGUUGGUACCAAAGUAACUGCUAUGUUAAGGAUUAGCACUGAAGAUGGUUUAUUUAAUGGUACAAUUGAAGCCUUGGAUGUUUCUAAUAAUACUUAUAGAAUACACUUUGAUAAACCUGGUUUAGGUACUCACUCUGUCCCUGAUUUUGAAGUAUGUUCAAAUCAACCUCCAGAAACAAUUUCAAAAAAUUUAUUAUUACAAAUGUGUCGUCCACGUGUACCUUACCAUAACCGUUCAAUAUCACCUGAAACUAAAGUAGAUACUUUAAAAUCUGACCAUAACACAGCUCCACAGUAUUCAAUGAAACUUUUAGAAUCUACAGUAAAAUUUAGAAAAAUUUUGACUGCCAAAAAACAAUAUGUACAAGCAUUACGUAAUAUGAAUUCUGAAGCUGAACGAAUGAUAUUAUACAAUGAAGAUAUAACACCUGAAUUUCAAAGUCGUUAUGCUAAAAUUGUUUUAGAUUUGGAUAAUUUAAACCUCAAUUUAACAUCAAUAAUGUGUGUCCUUAGUGAAGAAAUUAAAGUAUUAGCGCCUGAAGAAGCUGAAACCUGGCCAUUGAUCACAGAUUAUUUGCAGAAUCAAUCUUUUGAUGAAGCAGAACAGAUGAUUGAGCAUAAUAUAGGAAUAACCGAUUUUGGUUUUAAGGCAGACGACCAACCAAUGUUGGCUUUAAUUAAAGAUUUAUUAGCUUUAAUGCUUCAGGUGAAAACAUUAACUGAUAAUGAACCUACUGCAUAUGAGUUAGAUGCUUUAAAAAGAACUAUGGUUGAAAUAAAACUCAAACUAAGUCAGUCAAACCAAAAAUCUUUUGAAAAUUGUGUAGAGAUUCACAUGCAACAAAUUCAAUCUAGUUUAGAUACUUAUCAUACUUUAUCAUCAUCAAAUAGAAAAUAACAAAUAAUUAUUGAGAUAUUUUUAGAUUAUUUAGGAAUAAAUUACAGCUAUGAAUACAUA